ACUCCCUCAUCCUCCCCUCGCACAUCCCGUCCACCCCGCCUCACCCGCACUCGCCCACCAUGGCAGGGCCCAACGUCGAGCUCUUCAAGUUCGGCCUCUACCUCUUCUUCCCCUUGGCCAUCAUGAUCCACGUCGGCGAUCCGGACUGGUAUGAGCGCCACGUCAGGCCCAUCCGCGAUUCCUUCUGGCCCUCACCCGACACUCUCUACGUGCCUCCGCGUGAUCAAGCCAGCAUCAAGAGCGAGCUUGAGCGUCUGCGUGCCGAGCGCCGCGCAAAGGCCGCACAGGCCAUCGCCGAGGCCAAGCGCGAGCCUCGAUCCAGCUCCAGCUCCUCCUCUCCCUCCUCUUUCUCCUCCUCCUCCUCUUCCACCACCGCGCCCUCGCCUGCGCAGCCUGCUCGCACCACCGCACCAGCACAUGCGUCAGCAACAGGGGCGUCCGACUCUCUGCUGCGCCUGGGCCCACUGAUCCGGGAGGCCUCGCUGCGCAACGGCCUGACCCCGCCGGCGGGUCUGGCUGCCGAACGGGAGAGCGAGACGCAGAGACGCGCCAGAAGGGAAGCGUGGGCGGCGCAGAGUCGGGGGCGGGCCGUGUAGCCAGAUG